GUCACAGCAUAAAGAGAGAAGACAAAGGAAAACCUCCUCUGUGGAUCAAAACGAACACGCCACGAUGCAGAGUCUCAGAGAACAGGAUGAACUCAUCCCGAGGCCUCGUGGGAAUUUACCAAAAGUAUGUGCUCUGGGACUGACUGCCGUUGCACUGGGAAUUGCUGGGGCGCUUUCUCCGAAAAGGUUAUGUGGUUGGGUUGCCAUGGCGAUACUCAUCCUGACCCUUGGCCCUCUGCUGCAUGGAGUGUGUCUGCUGGCAGAGGAAAUGCUGUUCCAUGCAAACACAAGGUAUCGAGGCCGAAGGCUGCUCAGUCACAUGCUGCCUGCCUGUGGUUUUGGGGGAAAGCCCCUGCUGGCUGCAGGACUGGCAGGCCUUCUGCUCUACCUGGUUGGACAUUCUCUGCCAAACCAAGAACAGUGCUGGAAACUCCUCGUCCUCACCUCAGUCCUCUAUACACUGUUCAGAACCAUAGGAAUCCUGGGUCCGUCAGAGGUGGAGGUGUCAGACAUCUGCGAGGGGAGGAGGAUGAACGUGGCCCACGGCCUGGCCUGGUCCUUCUACCUGGGCUACCUCCGCCUGGUGCUGCCAUAUUUGGAAAGCUCCAUUGAGACGUUCUGUGCUACCCAUCGGUCCACUCAGCUCUUCGGGGGCCGUGGCUCCAGGAAGCUCCUCAUUCUCAUGCCUCUCAAUGCCAAAAUCUCCCACAAGCUGGAGGAGGAGGACGACAGGAUCCGUUUCUAUGACAACCUCCCUAACAAUGAGAUAGACCGGGCCGGGGUCCGGGGCCGCGUCUACAAGCACAGCGUCUACAGAGUGAUGGACGAACACAAGAAGGUCCAUGAGUGUGUGGUGGAGUAUGCGACUCCUCUGCUGACGCUCUACAACAUGUCCCAUGAGAGAACAGCUGGUUUUGGGGAUCCUGAGCGGCGGCAGCAGGUCCUGCUCUUCUUCAGGACCCUGCAGGAUAUACUGGAGCACUCACUGGAGUGCCGCAACCGCUACAAGCUCAUCCUGCUCAACGAUGAGCAUGAAGACGACCCUCACUUCCUGUCAAAGACCAUCCUAAAACACCUGGACCAGCAGCAGAAAGAGGAGUUCUGCCUGACCCCGCCUCCUCAUCAGGAGUCAAAGAGGCCAUUUGUGAGUCCUCCACCCAGUGCCCCGCCCAUGAACGGCGGCUGGACCCAUGUGGAGCCAAUGAGCAGAGAGCCCACACUCAUGUUCAGCAACGACCAACCUCAGCCCCUAAAGGAGCCGGUGGAAAACACCGAGAGUUACCAUUGAAACUGACGGGUUGUUGUUAGUUCAGAGAAUAGUGGCUGCAUGGGAGUAGUCUCUGCAUAUGUUCAAAUAGGUACACACGUCUACUAGUACUGGUACUUCAUUUCAUAUAUUAAAGUGGAGUAUUUGGGUGUAAGAAGUGGUCUCAGUCCUACAGCUUAGAGAAUAAUUAUCAUUGCACAGUGAUUUUAUGUAAAAAGUCAUAAUAACAGCCCUUCAGUCAUCCAUUUUGAAAUACUGCUCUUGAAAUAUUAAUUGUUUACAUAUUAUUUUACACUUUUGGAUGUUUUUAAUUUAUCCUAUAUUACAAAAGGGAAGUGGACUCUGCCUGUGUGUCUAAGGCAUCACACAAAAUCUGGGAAGAGCUGACUGCUGCAGUUAGGCAAACUUAUGUAUUUUUAGUCAAGGAAGAGAUUAAUGAAAACAGCAAGUUGAUAGGACCGAUAUUUUGGGCUGUAUUAGUCAUUUUGGAAUACAGUGGCCUCCCAAUGGCUGAUCAUGUUGCUAUGCCCAGAAUCAUAGACACAUCAUUGAAGUGGUGAUUUAAGAUGAAUUGUUCUCCAUAAAUAACCUUUCCAUAGUUAUUUAUCACCGUUUACUUUAAUAUUGUCCUCUGCAUUUGACAUUUUAACCCUUUCAUGCGUACUGGUCGCUACAGUGGACAGCUACUCUACAUCUGUUCUGUUGUAUAU